AUGGCCGGAGCCAUCGCGUCCCGCAUGAGCUUCAGCUCCCUGAAGAGGAAGCAGCCCAAGACCUUCACUGUGCGCAUCGUCACCAUGGACGCCGAGAUGGAGUUCAGCUGCGAGGUGAAGUGGAAAGGGAAGGACCUGUUUGAUCUGGUCUGCAGGACACUAGGACUCCGAGAAACCUGGUUCUUUGGGCUGCAGUACACCAUCAAGGAUACAGUGGCUUGGCUCAAAAUGGACAAGAAGGUUCUGGAUCACGACGUUCCAACAGAGGAGCCUGUCACCUUCCAUUUCCUGGCCAAAUUUUAUCCUGAGAACGCAGAGGAGGAGCUGGUCCAGGAGAUCACACAGCACUUGUUCUUCCUGCAGGUGAAGAAGCAGAUUUUGGAUGAGAAGAUCUACUGUCCUCCUGAAGCUUCUGUUCUGCUGGCCUCUUAUGCUGUGCAAGCCAAGUACGGUGAUUAUGAUCCCAACGUCCAUAAAAGAGGCUUCCUGGCACAAGAGGAGCUGCUUCCAAAGCGGGUGAUAAACCUGUACCAGAUGACUCCAGAGAUGUGGGAGGAAAGGAUCACAGCCUGGUAUGCUGAGCACCGGGGCAGAGCCAGAGAUGAAGCUGAGAUGGAGUAUUUGAAGAUAGCUCAGGACCUGGAGAUGUAUGGAGUCAACUAUUUUGCAAUUAGGAAUAAAAAAGGCACUGAGCUGCUCCUUGGAGUUGAUGCCUUAGGCCUUCACAUCUAUGACCCAGACAACAGGCUGACCCCCAAAAUCUCCUUCCCAUGGAACGAGAUCCGGAACAUCUCAUACAGUGAUAAAGAGUUUACGAUUAAGCCAUUGGACAAAAAGAUCGAUGUGUUUAAGUUCAAUUCCUCCAAGCUGCGUGUGAACAAGCUGAUUCUCCAGCUGUGUAUUGGAAACCACGACCUGUUCAUGAGGAGGAGAAAAGCAGACUCACUGGAGGUCCAGCAGAUGAAGGCACAGGCCAGGGAGGAGAAAGCCAGGAAGCAGAUGGAACGGCAGCGUCUGGCCCGAGAGAAGCAAAUGAGAGAAGAAGCUGAGAGGACGAGGGAUGAGCUGGAGAGGAGGUUGAUGCAGUUGAAGGAGGAGGCAACAAUGGCUAACGAGGCUCUGAUGAGGUCUGAAGAGACAGCAGACCUGCUGGCUGAGAAGGCUCAGAUCACAGAGGAGGAGGCCAAGCUGCUGGCUCAGAAGGCAGCUGAGGCUGAGCAGGAGAUGCAGCGGAUCAAAGCCACGGCCAUCCGGACCGAGGAGGAGAAGCGGCUGAUGGAACAGAAGGUGCUAGAGGCAGAGAUGUUGGCGCUGAAAAUGGCAGAGGAGUCGGAGAGGAGGGCAAAGGAGGCUGACCAGCUGAAGCAGGACCUGCAGGAGGCUCGCGAGUCGGAGCGGAGAGCGAAGCAGAAGCUCCUGGAGAUCACCAGCAAGUCAUCCUACACGUCCAUGAACUCGAGCACAACGGCGCUGCCUACAGACCUGCCAAGCUUCAACCUCAUCAACGAGAGCCUGUCCUUUGACUUCAAGGAUACAGACAUGAAGAGGCUUUCCAUGGAAAUCGAGAAGGAGAAGGUGGAGUACAUGGAGAAGAGCAAGCACCUGCAGGAGCAGCUGAACGAGCUGAAGACCGAAAUCGAGGCGCUGAAGCUGAAGGAGAGGGAGACAGCCCUGGACAUCUUGCACAACGAGAACAGCAGCAGAGGCAGCAGCAAGCACAACACCAUCAAAAAGGUACCAGAGGGCUCCACCUCAAGCCCAGGGCAGAAGACCUAUCUGCAUUUGAGACUUCCAAGUAGGUUAUUCCCAGGUACUCUGUGUGGGAUGAUGGGAUCACUGGCUGUGAUACUAACCCCUGCAUGA